AUGAUGCGCUCUGCGGCUUUGUUGAUCAUCCUGCGUUUCUGUGUGUGUUCACCACCGAACCUGACGAUUGUGACGGUGCUAGCCUAUGAUGCUGUACAGCACCAGAUUCCCUGGCAUAUUCGCGGGUUCCUUCUGGGUUAUCAGCAGCUGCAGGAACAGCUACGCGACCGGAUUAAUAUUACAUAUCAGUUUCUGUGGCAACGCAAUGUGUCGCAGUGUGCUGAUGUGGCGUCGCGAGUGGUCAAUUGGGCGUCGAAGGUGUUUUAUGCCGCCAGUGGACAAGCCGUUGCGUUUGCCAGUCCAGGAUGCUUUCAAGAGAUUUUGGAGCUAGGAGCCAUUGUGAGAGAAUGGAAUACUUUAUUCAUGACAACCUUGGGGAACAACUUCGUUAUCACACCGCAGCGGUAUCCGACGAUCGUGUCCAUGUCUUACCGCCCACAGAGCUCUUUUGAUGGCUUUGUUGGCGUAUGUUCGUGGUUCAGUUGGAAGACCAGUGUGUGGUUGUGUGAUCAGGAUCAAACGCAGUCGGCGUUUCCCUCCGGGCGCUGCUCUAGUGCUCAGGAAAUGCUGCAGAAACAACGGAGUUUCGUGCCGUAUUUCAUUAAGUUCAAUUCAAGCGAGCUCAGCCCAAAGGAGUUGCUGGCUCACGUUCGCCCACUUGCGCGCAUUGUCAUUCUUUCCACACUGCCCGACACCGUUAAGAAGAUAAUGGUAAAAAGUGGUACAGUUUGUCAAUGCGGCUAACGCGCUC